AAAGCCGGCGUUUAAAACGCUCCAUGCAUGCGCCUCACAAACUCAACUCCUAUAUCACGAUUCAUUUAUUUUAUUUUUAUUUAUUUUUUAUUUUUUUAUGUUUUUCUAUCUCAUUAUUUAUUUAUUUAUUCAAUUAAUUAAUAUUUCUAUUCAUUUUCUCAGUACAAUCUCCCUCCGCCAGCUUCCUCCUGCUCUCUUUCUCUCUCUCUCUCUCUCUCUCUCUCUUCGAUUUUGCCCUCCGCUCUCGUUGCUGCUGGGCCAUGGCGAUUGUAGCUGCCGCUAUGGUGCUGCCGCUCGGGCUGCUCUUCAUCGUCUCCGGUCUCAUCGUCAAUCUCGUUCAGGCAAUCCUUUUCGUCCUUGUUUGGCCAAUCUCAAAAAAUACUUACAGAAAAAUCAAUAAAUCGGUAGUAGAAAUGUUGUGGCUGCAGCUUGUAUGGCUUAUUGAUUGGCGGGGAGGCGUUAAGGUCAAACUUUUCACAGAUCCCGAAACCUUCCGAUUAAUGGGUAAAGAACAUGCACUUCUCAUAUGCAAUCACAAAAGUGACAUUGACUGGCUUGUUGGAUGGGUUUUGGCUGAGCGGUCAGCUUGCCUUGGCAACGCAUUAGCUGUAAUGAAGAAAUCAUUGAAAUUCCUUCCGGUGUAUGGCUGGUCGAUGUGGUUUUCUGAGUAUCUUUUUCUGGAAAGAAGUUGGGCCAAAGAUGAAAAUACAUUAAAGUCAGGUCUUCAACAGCUGAAGGAUUUCCCUCGGCCUUUUUGGUUAGCUCUUUUUGUAGAGGGAACUCGCUUCACGCAGGCAAAACUUUUAGCAGCUCAAGAAUAUGCAACUUCCACAGGGUUGCCUUUACCAAGAAAUGUUUUGAUUCCUCGUACUAAGGGAUUUGUUUCGGCUGUAAGUCAUAUGCGCACAUUUGUUCCAGCUAUUUAUGAUUCAACGGUGGCUAUUCCUAGAACUGAGCCUGCUCCUACAAUGCUGAGACUCCUCAAGGGGCAACCUUCUGUGGUGCAUGUGCACAUCAAGCGUCAUUUGAUGAAGGAACUGCCAGAAACUGAAGAUGCUGUUGCACAAUGGUGUAGGGAUAUAUUUGUAGCCAAGGAUGAAUUAUUGGACAAACAUGCAGCUGAGGGCACCUUUGAUGACCAAGAACAUGACAUUGGACGGCCAAUCAAGUCACUCUUGGUUGUAAUCUUCUGGUCAUGUGUGCUUACUUUGGGAGCUCUAAAAUUCCUUCAGUGGUCUUCACUUCUGUCCUCUUGGAAGGGCAUAACCUUCUCAGCAGUUGGCUUGGGAAUUGUUACAUUCUUCAUGCACAUCCUUAUUGUAUCCUCCCAGUCAGAGCAUUCGACCAAUCCCAAGGUUGCCCCUACAAAAUCCAGAAAUGGAGAAGGGCUGUCGAAGACGGGACAGAGCAAGAAGCAUUAAGUACCUCGAGGUCUGUUUUACUACGAAGUAGUGAUAGUGUAACAUGUGUGCUUUGUCAUAUUCCCCUUUUUUUCACCUAGUUUAAUGUGUUAUAAAUUCUGUUGCGGCUUGCAGGCUGUAUAGCUUGUGCACUUUUGAGUUGCAAUGGUGGAAUUGGGGUGGUUCCGCUGCUGUCAUAGUUUUCAUCCACCCCAUUUAGUUGUGCAAAUUUUUCAAAUGCAUUAACUGGUUAGCCUUUUAUUCUUUCAUUUGACA